GAGCUUGAAAGCAAUUGAACGCAUUAACAAAAAAUUGUGAAGCUUGUGUAUUGUUUGUUUGUCAAUGGGAAACAAAUGUGGUCUGGAUAAAAAGGAUUGCACAAUGGUAAUGAAGGAGCCGGACUGAAAUGCAGCAGGCCUGUGGCGGUGGAUGUCUCGAUGGGGGAGGUUGACGAAACGCAGGGGCGUGACGCCUCGCGCUGCAGCAGCACUCACUCGCCUACGGGAGAAUGGGAGAGAGGCACAGAAGGGGAGGGAGGAGGAACUUGAAGGAAAAAAAGUUAAAAUAAAAAUGGCUUCCUUGUCUUUGGAGUCCACAGAACAAACUGAAAACGGCCCUAAGGAGUCCACGCAAGAUGAAGCCAAAGUGAAAGAGGAGAUUGAUCCGGACGAAGUCUCGGAACAACUGCUCCAAAGCUUCCAGAACUCCGCGCUCAGUUUUUCCACCGAUCAGGUCGCGUGUCUGUGCGAAGCGCUCCUGCAAGCGGGUAAUGUGGAUCGCCUGUGGAGAUUCCUCUCCACCAUCCCUCCUUCGGCCGAUCUGCUACGUGGCAACGAGACCCUACUGAAGGCCCAGGCUCUGGUCGCUUUCCACCGGGAGGAGUUCAACAAGUUGUACGCCAUCCUAGACAGUCAUGACUUCCACCCGAGUAACCAUGGGUUCCUUCAAGACCUCUACUUGAAGGCGCGCUACAAGGAGGCUGAGACGUCCCGGGGUCGCAGUCUGGGCGCCGUGGAUAAAUAUCGACUGCGCAAAAAGUUUCCUUUGCCCAAAACCAUUUGGGACGGAGAGGAGACGGUGUACUGCUUCAAGGAGAAGUCGCGCAAUGCGCUGAAGGAGUGUUACAAGAGUAACAGGUAUCCCACUCCGGUCGAGAAGAAGAAUUUAGCCAAAGUCACCGGACUUUCAUUGACUCAAGUCAGCAACUGGUUCAAGAAUCGCCGACAGAGGGAUCGGACCCCCUCCGGUACCAACAGCAAAAGUGAAUCUGAUGGAAACCACAGUACAGAAGAUGAAACCAGCAAGGGAGAUCUGGAUGAUAUUGUUGACAAACCUGCUGUUCACGAGACCGGCAGCUCAAAUGCUUCUCUUAUAUCACUCUCUGGGGCUCCUUGCAGUACUGGUCAGCUUAUUCUGAACAGCACAGGAGGAUUCUUUACAAGCUCUCAUCCACUGCUGCUCAAUGGGAGCCAUAUACUCUCAGGGGCAGGAACAGGGGUCAUCAUCAAUGGGCUGACACUGAGCGAUGGCCACACGGUCACUCUCAGUCCUGUUACAGCUAAUGCACCAUUGCUACUAAAUGGGGCUCAAGUAAUCUCCAAAGAUGACCGGGGCAUCAGUGAUAUAGAGGCCCAAGGCAGCCUGCCCACUGUGGUUCUGAAUCCACAAGCCAGUUUAACUAGCACAAUACCUCUCUCGCUCAGCGAGGACACAAAAACAGCCAGCAGCAAUGUCUCUCCAUUGGAUUUCAUCAGUCUUCCAGAGCCCUUAAAGGAUCCAGAUAACACUCAGUCACUGCCUACAAACUCAAUGUCUUCACCCAUCAUCUCUACUUCUGUCAUCUCUCCCACGUCUCUUCCUUCAGAGGCACUGGUCACAAAUAGUAUUCCUGCAUCAACUACUGGCUCCAUGAGUUCAGUCAUCUCCAGUCCCAUGGUGCCACUACUGCCCACACAGCCACCUGAAAUUGUUGUAAUAGGAAAAGCCGAGUCUCAGUCACCAAUUCGCAGCUCCAUCUCUAGCCCUCAGGUGCUGUCUUUACCCCAGGUGGUUCCAUCAAUACAGGGUGUACCAGUUUCUCAACUGAUGCAGCAUCCAUCUGGGGCCACAGUGUCAUCCUGCCCCCAGCUUGUUCCAGUCUCCCUGAACAAUUCACAGUUACCCCAAGUCCCCAUUCCUCCGUUUCAGACACAGACCUUGCACAUUGGUCCAAGACUUGCGCAAGCACACCUCCAAAAUGGCUCGAACACAUUAAGCACCAGUAGUGCUUUAUCACUCCCCCAGAUGGCUGAUGGGCAGAUUACACAGGUGCUUACACCUCAGCUAGGAGACGAAUCUACUUCAGCAGCAUUUCCACAGAUACAGACCUCCAUGGAAACACAAGUCAUUCCCAUCUCCUCGCCAACUCAAGUUGUGCCCAUAUCCCAAACCAAAGACUCGGGCCAACCUCAGCUGGUCCCCCUGUCACUCCCCCAACUUAUACCUGCAUCAUCCAUUGCGGGAACUCCAACUGGAACCCUGUCCUUUCCUCAGGUGGUCCCAGCAACACCAUCUCUCUCCAUUCCGUCCCCUGGAGGUGCUUUCCAGAUUCUGACAUCUGGAUCUGGAGCAGGAUUGAGUGUUGCCCAAGGACCGAUACGCCUCAGUCCAAUAGGGCCUCCUCAGAGUGUCCCUGCUGGUACCAUCCCAGGUGUCCAAUUUCUCAACUCUGGGGUGAUUCAGCUACCUUCUUCCUCUCCAGGCAAUAUCCUACUAGCAGGUGGCAUUGGGGGCAGCCCAAUCCUUAGUCUUCAAAAUGGCAAACUCAUCCUCACUAUCCCAGCUGGGAUCCAGUUCGCCAGCAUGCCUGUCAAGUCCGUCCCAGAUAGUCUGGUCUCAAGUACCCUUGAUCCUCAAACCUCACCUGUACACCCACCUUCACUCAUUGCUCAAACCUCAAAUUCACUACAAUCAUCUCAUUUGGGGCUUGUUGGCUCCUCUACACUUUACUGCAGCCCUGAGCCAGGAACAAUUGCCAACCCAACCCCAGGAGCCUCUCCUGACACCCCAGACUCUUCUAGCACUCCCACUCCUACAAGUGUCCUACAAUUCCAGCAGACCCUUAGCCCUGAAAGCAUGCUCCCACUCAGUCCAAUAUGUAGUGGUGUGGCAACUGGCCACCAACUCUCCCAGCUAGCCUGGAGCCCUGUCCCGCUGUCCUCCCCCUCUGGUCUGACAUUAUUUGACAUGCGUGGGAAAGGAGAUCUUCCAGAGGACCCUGCUUUGUUAGGUUUGCCAGGAGGAGAGUCCCUCCUGUUGGGCACUCCUCCUCCAGGCGAAGAUGUAGACAGAGAUUCUCAGCUGGAUGAUGUGGAGGACAUGGAUGGGGACUCGAAAAUUCUGACACAACUGCAGUCUGUCCCUGUGGAUGAUGAUCUGGGUUUGUAAUCACCAGUCCUUCUGACAAACUACUAGAUGCAGUUAAUGUUAAAUCUCAACCUGCAAGACUUGCAUUCGACCAUGUCCCAGAAGUGAGAGGAACUAUGAUUUAUGACCUCAGAGCUUUGGAGGCUUUCCCCACUCUUCCUUAUGUAGAUGGAGUUUUAAGUAGUGGAAGUAUACAACAUAAUAAUGGAAUCGUAGAAAAUAACUUUUCUUUUAUAUAUGGAAUUCAUUUGUGAAACCUAUAUAUUUAACAAGGGCAUGUCAUAGAGGUUUAACUACAGUAAAGGGAAGGCACUGCCAUUUAGUCACAGAGGACAUUUGCGUAACCAAUAUUAACCUCUAGGAAUCUAGGGCUGUGUCUACAUGUUAGUCCUUUUUUGGUGAUACACAGAGCUUGAGGCAUGUUAUAAAGGACUUACAUGACUCCCUAAGUGGUAAAAAGGCACUAAUAUGUCAGUGGCAAUCAAUUUCUUCUAUCUAGGAGUGAAGAGCAUGUGGGAAUGCCUUCUUUUGUGCCUUACAUUUUUGUUACUUCUCAGUUUAGACUCUGACAAGUACUUUUAUCUUUUAAAGAAGAGAAACAAGUCAUAUUUGGUUUCCCUCUGAGAUACAAUAUAAUAGAGGUACAUGUUUAUGCUGGUCACAAAAUCUGCUGUCUUGGAGCAAAUCUAAGUAUGAAUUGAGUCUGAACAUGAGCUAGUCAUCCUGUCAGAGGCUCCCAAAGAUACCUGGAUGCACCGACAGCACCCUGCGCUGGGAGAAGGAAAUCAGAUUUCAGUAAUCUCACAACACUGGGUGGAAGACAAGACUUGGUUGACAAACUAGCCUUUAAAUGUGCCUGUGACAGCUACAUUGGAUAUACUACAUCCGCACUGCUCAGUUCAGGUGCCGUUUUAAUUGUUUUUUGCUUUAAGGUUCAAUUGGCUGAAGUACAUUUUAUAGGUGAAUAGAUGGUGAAUGUGUCUGAUUUUCUGACAUUAGACUUCAAACACACAGUGAAGCACUCUAUGUUGUUUUAUAUUCCAUGUAUACCGUAUCUUGCAGCGUACAUUUAUGAUGGCACACUAAACUGACCAUGGAUAUCCUACACUUGUAGUAUAAUAGAUAAUUGACAUUGGUUUCCAUAGAUAAACCAUUGAGUUUACCCAAGUAGUCCAGCUCAUUACCAUAAAACUGUGCAUAAACCUAAUAGGCUUGAGUGUUUGAAGGGAAUUGAAGUACUGGAUAUUUGUCUAUGCAACUGUUCAUCAUGAACUAAGAUUUGUUUACUGUUUUAAACAGCCACUUCUUACACUACAAAUCCACCAUAAACAUAUACCGUGAAAUGUUUUUAUUCUGUUUAUCUUGUCCUUUUAUAUUUCAUAUUUUUAUUUGUAGAAUUUCCACAUAGCUUCAGGAAAUGUCUGUUUUUGCCCUUUUCCUGCUUGAUUCUUAUCAAAUGCAAUUUAGGUGACUCAAAUUAAGCUACAAGUAUGACUUUUUCAACACAGGUCAUCAUCACUACCAGAGUGGUUUGCUUAUCGUAGAGCACAGUUCUGUAUAUUUUGCACAUUUUAUCAUUUUUAUUCAUGGAGCUUUUACCUUUUUUUUGGGCCCCACAAAUGUUGGUGCUAUUUUAAACCAUUCAACUAAAAUAAGGCUUGGCCUGUGAGAUUUUGACUGGUGCACAGUAGUCACCCUUAGUGGUCACACUAGCCUUAACCUGUUUCUAUGUGUUUUUUUUUUUUUUACAAAUAUUUAAUGCAUUUAUCAAUCAUUUCGGGGUCAUUCAACCUUAAAGCUGUUUCCCUCAUUCUAGCUUAGGAUUACACUCCAUUUUGUGAUAUAUUGUCUUUUUUUGUUUCUUUAUGAAAGUGUUUGUAUUUUACACAUUUAUGUUUUAUAGGACUUGUUGCAUUGACUUGCCAAAGUUUUUUUUUUUCUUCUUCUUCUUUCAAGCACGAGGAAAAUGUUUGAACUUUUUUGGAAAGCAUGUGUGCGUGUAUGAGUUUGUCCGUGAGUAUUGCUAUUACUCCUCCAGAAUGUAAUGAUUACUAUGUUAAUUCACAUGUAUUUUAGUCAGUAGCGAUAUAUUUGUUUGUUCUGUUCACUCUUUAAUACUUUCGCUUCACCGUCAUGUACAAACAUAAAAAUAUGCAGCUGAUCAAACCAAAGAGUUUUUUCUUGAUCAUUUCAUUUAGUAAAGGGAGUUUUUGUCAUUAUUGUAAACGUCUCUUUUUAUAGAGGCGUGUUUUGUAUCUUAUAGUAAUUUUAUUUUUUAUAUUCCAUUCUGUGAUAUGUAAUAAACAUAUAUAUAAUUCUA